AUGGACAAGAUGUGCCUCAUACUCUUUUAUCCACUUGUAGUGCUUUCGCUGCACAUGAGCCCCCUUGGAUUUGUUUCCGGACUUGGGCGUGGGACUACUAACAUCAGGUGCAUAGAGAAGGAAAGGCAAGCUCUCCUUGCAGUAAAACAAGGUCUCGUGGGCAAUCAUUUACUUUCUUCAUGGGGAGGCAACGCGACAACAGAUUGUUGCGAAUGGGAAGGAGUCUAUUGUAGCGAACAAACUGGUCAUGUUACUGAUCUUGAUCUUUCUACCCUAUGGCAAAGUUAUUUACCUCUGCAAGGUAAGAUUAGUCCUGAACUUUUUGAGUUGCAGCAUUUGGAAUAUUUAGACCUCAGUUUCAACGACUUCAGUCAUAACCAAAUUCCAAAAUCUAUUGGUUCUCUAGGCAAUUUACAAUUUCUCUACCUCUCUGACUGUAAUUUUGUUGGUGAAGUACCAUAUCAGCUUGGAAACAUUACACACUUGAAAGAACUUGAUCUUGGCUCCAAUUACUUUACUAAUCCAAAAAACCUCGAUUGGCUCCCUCAUCUUUCUUCUUUAACAUCCCUGAACCUAGAUAUGAUGAAUCUCAGAAAUGUUUUAGAUUGGUCAAAAGUAGUUGCUAAGCUCCCUAAACUACAAUCGUUGGUAUUAUCACGGUGUGAUCUUCCUAUUCCAAUUCUUUCAUCUCUUUCUUCAGUUCAUCUCUUGAGCAACCGUCUCACCUUUUCAAUAUUCCAUUGGUUGUCAACCUACAGUACAAGCCUUGUUUCCAUUGACCUUUCUGACAACAACUUAAGUGGUUCAAUUCCUGAUGUUUUCGGCAACCUGAGUUCUCUCCUGGAUCUAAAUCUUGCUGAUAACUCAAUAGAAGGACAACUCGCAAAAACCAUUGACCAGUUAUGUAGUCUGCAAUCAUUGGACCUUUCACGAAAUAAUCACGGUGGAGAGUUUUCCGAGUUUAUUCAAGUAUUUAGCUGUGCUUGGAACUCAUUAACAUCAUUAUGUCUCUCUGGCAAUCAGCUGACUGGAAGAAUACCUGAAAGAAUAGGUUCAUUGUCCAACUUGGAAGUUUUGGAUGUUAGUAUGAACUCUUUGACAGGAGUGAUUACGGAAGCUCAUUUCUCAAACCUCUCCAAAUUGCGAACUUUGGAUUUCUCUUCCAAUCCACUAACUUUGAACAUUCGUUCUGAUUGGGUUCCUCCUUUUCAACUUGUCAGAAUAGGAUUAAGGUCUUGCAAAAUCGGGCCGUAUUUUCCAAAAUGGCUCCGAACAUCUCAGAGAAGCUUUGACAAGCUUGAUCUUUCUGAUGCUGGAAUUUCUGAUAUCAUUCCAAGCUGGUUUCAAGAUAACUCUAUGAAAGUCUCUCAAUAUCGUGUUUUAAAUUUGAGUUCAAACCAAUUGGAAGGGCCAAUUCACUCGCUACCAUCAGAACUGUCAUCUCUGGAUCUAUCCAGUAAUAAACUUUCAGGGAGGAUCUCUUUCUUGUGUGCAAGCAAAAAUAGGAAUUUAACAUUUCUUGAUCUAUCAAACAAUUCUUUCUCCGGAGAACUUCCAAAUUGUUGGAAGCAUUUAGAAAAUCUAGUCAUUCUUGACUUGAGUAACAAUGCUUUUUCUGGAAAAAUUCCUACUUCAAUUGGCUCCCUAGCUUUUCUUGAAACAUUGAAGCUUAGCAAGAACAAUUUUGCGGGAGAAUUGCCUUCAUCCUUGAAGAAUUAUACAAAAUUACAAUUGUUUGAUAUUGGAGAAAAUAGGAUCACAGGAAUGAUACCUGAAUGGAUAGGGAUUAGCUUUUCGAAGUUGGCUAUCCUCAUUCUUCGAUCUAAUCAAUUUAGUGGAAGCAUGCCUUUGGAAUUAUGCCAUCUGAAAGACAUUCAACUUUUGGAUUUGUCUAGGAACUGCUUCUCUGGUACUAUACCUCAAUGCCUGAACAAUCUGACUACUUUGGCUCAAAAAGGAAGUUCAAGCCCAAGCAUCACACACGAUAGAAGAUUCUAUGACAUGGCAAUAAGUUCUCUUGCAGCUUACGAAGAUGAUGCAUCUUUAAUAUGGAAAGGAAGAAUGUCCAAGUACAAAAGCACAUUGGGACUUGUAAAGAGCAUUGAUUUCUCAAGCAACAGAUUAGAUGGGGAGAUUCCUCGUCAAAUCACUGAUCUAAUUGGAUUGAAAAUCCUCAGCUUUGUGGUCUUCCACUACAAAAGACCUGCCCUACAGGAGAAACAGGGUCCAAACAAGUUCCUAAAGAAGAAAAGGAUGAGCUUAUAUCAUUCGGAUUUUAUGUCGGCAUGGGGCUUGGGUUUGCUGUUGGAUUUUGGGGAGUCUGUGGCAGUCUGA